CGAGCAUUCCCAGAGAACAAUGGCGAUGCUGCGCGCUGCUUUGAGAUCGAUCCAGCUCUCUCUUCGCUCCUCCAUCGCCCUCAAAGAAUCUCUUGCCUCUUCGCCCGCACCCCUUCCGCUUCUCUUCGCUCGCCACUUCAGUGGCAGCCGCUCCCGUGAUGACUUCCCUCCUUAUGGGUUUGAGCCGACGACAUUGCCGAUGAACCCGGGGGUCCGAAUCGUGCCGGAGAAGAAGACGUUUGUGGUGGAGGCUUUUGAGGAGAGGGCCACGCUCAACGAGAACAUUGUGGUGAGACUUUUAACGAUAGUAUCAUUUGAAGUUUUUUCUAGACUCUAGUAUUGUUUUAUUUGAUGGUAUGUGUAUUUGACUUAGUAAUUGCAGUUCAAGGUUUUUCUUUUAAGUAUAUAUCUAUAUGGUGGUUCUCCAUUUGAUGAGCUGAGAAAUUCUGAACUUGUGUUUCUGAUAUAUUUCUGAAUUGAGAAUGCUAAUUAGAUGCAGCAAAACCAUUUGCAAUGAUAGAAAAUGUCAAGUGUUAGGAGCCUGUGUUGUUGUAUUGUGUGCAGAUAAUGACAAUAGGGUAAAAUAUACCAAUCUGGUCUAGUUCACUUUUCAAUAACCUAAUGAAUUGGUUUUUGGUUGGAUCCUUGGUAAACAUAAAUUAGAGCUGAGGGAAUCCUCAGAGGAGGUUUAGAAUUAGUUGUCAGAUAAUGAUUUUUAUAACAAUGAUUUAUAUUGAUUAGUGUUGUUAAG